AGGAUUCCACCAUGGAAGCAACAUUGAGAAGAGCUUUGUGCUGCAGAAGCCCAUCAACCUGAGGCCAGGGAUUAAUCACAUCUCGCUCUUGGGCGAAACGGUCGGGCUUCCGAACAGCGGAGCCUACAUGGAGAAGAGGUUUGCCGGGCCGCGAGUAGUGACACUCCAAGGCUUGAUGGAUGGGACCCUGGAUAUCACCAUGAAUGCCUGGUCUCAUUCCGUAGGUCUCUUGGGUGAGAAACUUCGGCUGUUUACAGAUGAGGGUGUCAAUAAUGUAACAUGGUCUCCAUUGUCAAAAACAUUGAAGCCCCUCACUUGGUACAAGACAUACUUUGAUGCGCCGGAAGGGAAGAACCCGGUGGCACUGAGGAUGGAGAAGAUGGAGAAGGGCAUGGUCUGGGUCAACGGAAGGAGCAUCGGUCGGUACUGGGUCUCUUUCCUCUCCCCGGUCGGGCAACCGACCCAAUCCGAGUACCACGUCCCGAGGGCGUUCCUGAGACCGAAAGGCAACUUGUUGGUCGUUUUGGAGGAGACCGGAGGGAACCCGGAGACGAUACGGGUGGAGACGGUGAACCGCGACACGAUUUGCAGCAUCGUGCCGGAGUACGCCCCUCCGCACGUGAAGUCGUGGGAGAGGAACGGGGACGAGUUCCGGCCGGCGGCGGAGGAGCUCAGGGCCGGCGCGCGGCUAAGAUGCACAGAGGACAAGAUCAUCAAGAGGAUCGACUUUGCCAGCUUUGGAGACCCAGAAGGCGCUUGCGGGAGCUUGUACGAAGGGAACUGCACGGCAACCAACGCCCGCGAAAUUGUUGAGAGGGAGUGCCUGGGGAAGCGCCGGUGCACUGUUCCGGUGGACAGAAACAGGUUCGUGGAGGACGAUGGCGUUGGGAAGGGUCAAUGCGGCGGGCACAUCUACAAGACUCUGGCCAUCCAGGCUAGGUGCGGACGGGAUCUGGAGUAAUUGUUAGCUAAUCACAUCACUAAUGUCCCAAAUAAACACUUUUGUCAAAACCAAAUAUUGAUGUGAGGAUAAGAAAAGGAUAGAAUUUAACAGGUUCCAUUCAUUCACUUGUUCUUUCCCAAACGAGAUUGUUAUUCCAUCUUCUCAUUUCUACUCAGUAACAAAUAAGUAGUAAAGUGGGAUGGGGAAAAAAUAAGAAUAUAAUCCCAAAUCCCCAAAUUUAGCUUCUGAUUGAUUGGAAAUUGAAGGGACAUAGCAACUACAAUUCGAUGAGCUCUGAAAUUACCGUAGGAAGGAGAAGGGCUUCGUCUUAGUUCGUCUCCCGAAUGCCGUGACAUUUGAGGAGCCUCUGCCUCCGCCUGGCUCCUUUAGGCUUUAGUCACCCGUU